AUGUCAUCUUCGGAUAUGACUAUUAUAUAUCAAAUGGCUACAAUCAAUCUUUUCAAAAUUGAUGGAUCUAUCAUUCUCAUUCUUGGAAAUCUAGGUGGAAUACUCAAUUUAUGUGUAUUUACACAAAAAUCAUUGCGUCAAAAGCCGGGUUCGAUCUAUUUUAUUGCAUUUUGUAUUAGUAAUUUUCUUGUAUUAUGGUUUGGUCUAUUUCCAUUUACUUUUAGUUAUAUUUUCAAUAUUGAUCUAUCUAUAUCACAUCUAAUUUAUUGUCGAUUUCGUACAUAUACUUUGAAUGUAUCGAUUAUAUUACCAGAAUCAUAUCUAAUUUUAGGUUCAAUUGAUAGAAUUUUAAUUACUUCUCGAAAUGCCUUAAUAAGACAACGAAGUACUUAUCAUUUAGCUUUUUUGUCUAUAAGUAUCAUAACAAUGAUAUGGCUUUUGUUUUAUAUUCCUAUUUGGUUUUAUACUGAAAUUCAAUCACCUGUACCAGGAGUAAAGAUUUGCUUUUUUAAUCCUGGUUUUUAUGCUCUUUUUAUGAGUUAUUCAACAAUGUUUAUUGUUGGAAUUUUACCUCCACUUCUUAUGACAAUAUUUGGAUUUAUAACAUGGAAAAAUUUACAACGAAUUCGAAUCUAUCCGAUUACAAGUGAUCAUAAUACGACUAAUUUAUCAUCAAGAGAUCAUCAAUUAACAAGAAUGUUAUUAUUAGAAAUUUGUAUUGCGAUUAUAUUUUCAUUAUCAGGAUCAAUUCUUUAUAUUUAUACACAAGUAACAGCAAAUAUAAAUACAAGUUUGGAACAUCAAGCUUUAAAUUAUUUUUUAUUAAGUUUUAGUGUAAAUCUUGUUUUCAUUCGAGCUUGUUUAAGUUCCUAUUCGAAUUUUAUUAUUUCGAAAGUAUUUCGAAAAAAUUGUCGAAAAAUUCUUGUAAAAUAUUUUUUAUCAUAUUGUCAUCAGCGAUUCAACGAAAUCAAUACAUUACAAAUAACUGCACGUGGUACAAUACUUCGAAUGCGUCCAAUAACUACAAUGAAUUGA